AGCAAUUAUGUGAUGUACAGGUGAACCGGAAGUCGAGGCUGUUUUGUUGACAUCAGGGGCGAAACCAAAAAUAAUAAAGAGAUCAUUAAGUGUCAACAUAUUUAAAUGUAAUUGUAUGGUCUUACAGUGUCGGCAGUGGUCAAUAUUAAGGUACGGAAAGGUAUGGUAACUGUUUGCAUGAUCGGUGCUGUCAAAUAUCAGUGCUAUCCCGAUAGUUCUUCUGAGAUUAUUACACACUAGGAGGCUAGCUAUUUAGGUAUCUAGCAUGCUAAUCGUAGCCCAAGCUAACCAAUUGAGAAUCGAGAAGCAGCUCUCGCGAACUGUAUGGCUAACUGGGAAGCUAAGUAUAUGCCGUUAAUAUGAACCGGGUUCAGAGUAUGUGAGGAGGUUGGCAUGAGUGAUUCUCUCCCUUCUGCAGUUUAUAUAGCUUGACACAGUUAGUGUGUUUGCUUUGUUGCCAUAUUGUUAACGAAUAUUUCUUAGCAGCAAAGAAUCUUAGUUGACAGUUUAUCUAAUUCUGACCAGCUAACAAGCUAGCGAUAGCUAGCCUGCUAUUAUUGCUUUGGUCUCUUUGGAUUGAUAGACUCUGACUGGCAGUUUUUUUGGCAGUAUCCAGUAGUGUCUCCGAUCUAUCCUGAUCCUCUCUCAAUGACUACUGCCUGAGGACACCCCAGAAGUCCCCCUGUCUCAUCCAGGUUCCAGACCAGAGAGAAAGCAGGGAAGCGGCCAUGGCGGCCAAAGCGGGGGACAACCCGGACAGCCUGAUGGCUCUGUGCACAGCCUACUGUUUGCGCAACCUGAGGCGGACGAUGUGCUACCUGGGGGACAGGAGCAAGCUCACCCUGCGCCCAGAUGUCUUUCUUCCCAGUGAAAUCUGUGACAAGCUGGUUAACGCGUAUGUAGAGCUGGUCCACACAGACAGCAACUUUGAGCCGCAGGACGGCUUCUUCCAGCUCUUUUCAGAUCCGCGCAGCACCCGGCUGACCCGAGUGCAGCUGAGGGAGGACCUGGUGCGAGACAAGGACCUGGAGGCCAUUGGGAAACAGGACCUCAUCGAGCUGCACCUGACCUACUGCAACAGCCUGUCGGCGCGCAGCCUGCGGGCACUAACCAGCUUCCGGCAAACCCUGGUGUCCCUCAGCCUCUUCGGCUGCACUAACAUCUUCUACAGGAAGGGCGGCGCUCCGCUCGCCUGCGCAGAGGAAGAUGACGAGGACGAAGAGGACGACAGGCCAGCCAGGUUCGCGUUGGACAACAAUUUCAGCUUUCAGGGCUUCAACCGGCUGCGGCUGCUGAACCUGGGAGGGCUGCCAGAGGAGGUGGACGCGGAGGCCCUGCUCAAGCCCCUGCCCUCCCUCACCUCCCUGGACCUGUCCAGCAUGCACCUCCCCCGCGCUGCCUUCCUGGCACAGUGGAAGGAUCGGCUGGCCUCGUUGGUGCUGUACAACGUGGACCUCUCGGACGAGCUCAUCAGCACGGUGGUACAGAUGAGCCAGCUACGGCAUCUGGACAUAUCUCGUGAAAACCAGCGCUCUUCCAAGUUCAAGAUGACCAGGAAGAUCCUGACCACUGUAGUGCAGAGCCUGGGCAACCUGGUGUCUCUGGACAUCUCAGGCCAUAUCAUGCUUGACAACUGCACAGUCCCACACUUCGAGGAGGCCAUGGGGCCACCCAGCAUUGAACCCAGCAAGAGCAGCAUCAUCCCUUUCCAGGAGCUGAAGAGGCCUCUGCAGUUUCUGGGGCUGUACAACACCACCCUCUGCAACGUCAUGCACAUCCCAGCAUACAAGGUGACCGGCUCCAAAAAUGAGGACCAGGUUCUGAAUGCCAUUGAGGCCUACACUGAGCACCGGCCUGAGUUGGCCCACCGGGCCAUCAACCAGCUGUUUGACAUCGCCAGGAUACAGCACUGCAGCCAGCUGCUGCGAGCCCUGCAGCUGGUCAUUGCUGCGCUGAAGUGUCAUAAGUAUGACAAGAGUGUGCAGGUGACGGGCAGCGCUGCGCUCUUCUACCUGACCAACACGGAGUACCGCUGCGACCAGAGCGUCCAGCUACGCCGACAGGUCAUCCAAGUGGUGCUCAACGGCAUGGAGCAGUAUCAGGAGGUCACGGUCCAGAGGAACUGUUGCCUGACGCUGUGCAACUUCAGCAUCCCGGAGGAGCUGGAGUUCCAGUACCACCGGGUCAACAUGCUGCUGCUGAAGAUCCUGGAACCGGCCCGGCAGGACGAGUCCAUCCAGCGCAUCGCCGUGCACCUCUGCAAUGCCCUCGUCUGCCAGGUGGACAACGACCACAAGGAGGCCGUGGGCAAGAUGGGCUUCGUCAAAACAAUGCUGAAUUUGAUCCAGAAAAAACUGCAAGAUAGAAUGUGUGACCAGGUCAUGGAGUUCUCCUGGAGCGCCCUGUGGAAUAUCACCGACGAGACGCCCGAUAACUGCCAGAUGUUCCUCAACUGCAGAGGAAUGACGCUGUUCUUGGAGUGCCUGGAGGAGUUUCCAGACAAGCAGGAGCUGCACAGAAACAUGUUGGGGCUUCUGGGGAACGUGGCGGAGGUCAGAGCCCUGAGGCCACAGCUUCUCACGUCAGAGUUUGUCAAAGUCUUCACUGAGCUUCUGGACAGUAAGGCGGAUGGCAUCGAGGUGUCCUACAACGCGUGCGGGGUGCUGUCCCACAUCAUGUUCGACGGGCCGGACGCCUGGCCCAUGGAGGAGCCCGGGAGAGACCAGGUCAUGCAGAAGAUGUGGGACGCCAUCCAGAGCUGGGACGUCAGCUCGCGGCGCAACAUCAACUACAGGUCUUUUGAGCCCAUCCUGCGUCUCCUGCCCCAAAGCAUCGGUCCUGUUAGCCAGCAUUGGGCCACCUGGGCGCUCUUCAACCUGGUGUCUGUCUACCCAAAUAAAUACUGUCCAUUAUUGGUCAAAGAGGGUGGGAUUCCCCUCCUGGAGAAGGUCCUGGAGAUGGACAGCUCACACGUGGACACGAAGAACAUGGCAAGGAAAGUGAUGGAGCAGUGUGCGACCUUUAAAGAGGACCCCAUGGACACGAGCAAGUAAACCGCUGGAGCUGAGCUGGACGGGGCCGAGCGGCUGAAGAGAGCACAGAUCACACACCAUCACGGAAUCUUGUCCACCUCCUAUCGCGCCAGAGCAUCGAUUCACUGUAGAGCAAAGCAAACUUAAAAUGUUGCCUCGUGGUCAACAACUUUAUUUUUUUUCUGGGACCUGACACUGGUCGAUCAACACUAGGGAGUCAAGACCUGGUACUACACGGAGAUGUGUAUUGAUUUGUUUGGAGUUUGUUUUCUCUCUGUUGUUGUUGUUGUUGUUGUGGUUGCACAUGGUAAGCAGUAUUUUUACCAUUCAUAUUAGCUGCGUGUGUUUUCAGUUAAUUUGUUUGAUUUGCCUUUUCUUUGUUUAAGUAUGUAUGGGGUGUGUGUGUGUGUGUGUGUGUGUGUGUGUGUGUGUGUGUGUGUGUGUGUGUGUGUGUGUGUGUGUGUGGAGGCAAACACUCAUGUGUGCAAAUGCCACAAUGUAUGACUCUCUCUUAGGAACAAUACAUUGGGUGAUUCUCAUUUUUCUGAAAUUAUAAAAGAAAGAAAGACAGAAAAGGCAUUGUCAAAGAAUAGGCUAUGUUGGCCUUGGGGGCUGUCUUGGUCUCACUGAGGGCCUUACCAUAUAAGCUUAACGUGUGCACAGCACACAUCGUACAAGCGCACUCCGUCACCUGAGCAUAACCCUGCGCGACUAUUACCGCCAGUCCACCUGGAAGACAGGACAUGAGAAGUAGCUGACCGGCGACCUCGGGAUGCUAGUUAUAUACGUACACAUAGAGGUCGGACCUGGAUGGGAACUUGUGUCAUAAAUGCUGUUGAUGAUGCUCCCCAGGCAUGGUCAGAAUAUGGUCAGAAUAAGGAUGACAUUAUUUCUCAUUUCAUUGUACAUAUUUGGAGGUAAAGCUUUCUCAUGUUUUUUUGUUUGUUUGUUUGUUUUGUAUGUAUGUUUUUAUGACAUAAUUAUAAACAUUUAUGUGAUGCUUUCCCCCUCCAAUGUGGUCUAUCUUUCCUUUGGAGGAAUACAUUUGGUCACCAAGUACAGGACUGGGCAGAGAAGACAAAAUAGGGAUUCUGCUACUAUGACAGCACAAAGACAAGUUUAAUGACCCCAAGCUGUUUUUUUUUUUUUAUUAUUAUUAUUAUUUAUUGUUUUUCUGUUCUUUAAAAAAAGCGCAGCAUUUUAAGUGUUCAGUAUCCAUGUCAAAAAUCAUUCACAUGCCUGUUUUGGAAAUUGGACAUUAUGUUUGUAUUGGGCUAAUCUCAUUUUUAUUAUUAGUUAACAUUCUCAAUGAUCCACUUUCAUUAACUAUAGAUGACCUAAAAUGUGUUGAAUAUGAUGAAUACCCUGUCCUUCUUUCAUUCACUGCUGUGGUUUUUAAAGUAUAUAUAUAUAAUAGAUAUAUAUAUAUCUUUGGCAAGGAGACUUCUCCAGAUCUUCUGUCUCACCUGACAAGACUGUUUUUUCAUGUCGAACUACCAUGAAUGACCGUAUGAAAGUUUUCAUUUGAUAAGUGUAGGCAAGUUGCAAUAUAUAUAUAUAUAUAUAUAUAUAUUUACUUCAUAAUAAACAAUGAAUCUUAUGAUUAUUCUGUAAAAUUUUAGUCUAAUUUGGCCUCUGUGAUUGUUCUUCACUUUGAAAGUUUGCAAUAAACCUGUGAGACACUUGACCGUCCAAGCAUUAUGCCAUCGCACACCAGGUGAGCAUACGGCAAGGACCAGUUAGACUGUUGGUUUUAUUACUACCAUCUCGGAUCAUGUCCAUAAGUCUUAUUAAUUAUUAUAUUAAUUUUGCAUAAGGCAAUGGACUGUAGGGAGAGAAAAACUUGCAGAGAAAGGAAAGAAUGUGUGAUAUGUGUGUGGCUUUAUUGAUUUCCCUCAGCUGUGUGGACAUUCGGUGUGACAGAAUGCUAACAUGCACAUCAGUCAAAGUCCUUUCGUGAUGUCCUACAGUGUCCUUUUGCUCAAUUGUUUAAAGAAAUAUUCCUCAUAUUUACAAAUGUAUAUCUUUGUUUAUAAGCAUUUUCCAAAAAUCACAUUGGUCACUAGUGGCAAAAAUGAAUUGUUUUUCACCUCAAGCAUAUUGUUGAUUUAGGGAGUUGAAAUCAAGACGGAAUCUUUUUUCAGACACCAUUCAAAACAUCGCUCCCAUUUCUUCCCUUCAUGUAGGGGUAUUGCAAACUGUAAUUGGUUGCACCUCACUCUGUUUUAUUUUAUAUAGGGUGACAAAUGAUCACAUUGUACCAAAGGGCAGAUCAAUGUAUGUUAUGUUUAAUUAAGAUCUUCUGAACUUUUGGCCAGUAAUUGAUCAAUCCAACCUUAUGACUUUGUAUGGAGAAGUAGAUGUUUAUAUAGUAUAUUAACAGGACAACUUGUGAUAUGUGUAAGACAGAGCAGAAGCUGUCUGACUGCGACGGGGUGCCCUCUUUGGGGACCCAUGAAGAUGACAUAGGCUAACAGUUUCAGUUUUUUUCUCACUCAUAUAGGACUUGGAGGAUAAAGUUAAAAUAAAGUUCUGGAAUGAA